GUUGUCUAGUAACCAAGCUGUCUAUCCAUUUUACCCCACUAGGUCUUGAGACUUUAGUUGAAGAUGAAUACUCAAAUGCGUAAUGUAUUUUUUGCUGUCAUGAUAACUUCAUCUCUGAUGAUAUGUGCUGCAUUUUAUGGAUACAGAUCGAGCCCUGUUUACAUGUCUCGGAAUUAUCCAAGACCUGACGAAACGGGCCACCAGAUGGGAGCAGAGGGUUAUGACCACCGUGGGAGAUUACAAGGAACAGAGGAAGACAAUCGCCACUUUUCACGAUUGGUUUACAACCGCGUUGGUAAAUGUGGCAGUCGAUCUAUGCACAACAUCAUAUCUGAGCUUUCCAAAAUAAACCAUUUCAACUUCUUCCCAUCAAAUAUCUCCAACGUCACAAGACCUAAUAUUAUGCACUUAAAAACAGAAGUGGAGUUAAUUCAAAGUUUGAAGCGGCCGAUGUUAUAUUCUCGUCAUAUUCAUUACAUAAAUUUUCAGAAGUUUGGGCAAAGUCCGCCCUUGUAUAUUAACAUGAUACGAGACCCAAUCGAAAGGUUUCAGUCCCAGUAUUAUUUCAAAAGAUACGGAGAUGUAAGAAGUGCCCAUGGCCGCAAAGUAAAGCCGUGGAAAAGGGGGGAAUUGGAAAUGAGCAUCAGCGAGUGUGUGUUAAGCAACCACUAUGAAUGCAGUACUUCAAAACUGUGGUACAUUGUACCUUAUUUCUGUGGGCAGGAUUUGAUGUGCAAACAUCCCACUCCUGAAAGUUUAAAUCGUGCAAAGAGACAUUUAAUAGAAAACUACUUGGCUGUUGGCUUAUUGGAGGAUUUCGAAAGCUCAUUGCUCGUCUUUGAAAAACUUUUACCACAUCAUUUUAAGGGAGCUAUUCAGGUGUGGAAAGAUUUACAAAGUGCUCCAAACAUUAAUACGUCCACUCUCGGUAAAGAGAAAAUUUCACCCGAGGCAUAUGUUGAGUUGAAAAAACGAAUGGUGCUGGAGUAUGAUUUUUAUAACUUUACGAAAGCCUUAUUCAACAACUUGAAACUACAGCUAAACAUAAACACAAAGUUUAUGGUUUAACGGUACAAUUCAAUUGCUUUUUAUACUUUUGUAAAACUAGUUCAACCUUCAUAUAGUAACAUUAUCUUAGUGUUACCGUAUUUAAUAUCUCAGUAUUACAAAACUGCAGUUAAAGACAUGACACCACAAUGCUAACUGUGUCACAUUUAUUUGAUUAAUUCUGACUUCCUUAGGUGCCUUCCAUAACACUUACAAUCAAAACUCACAAGACUAUCUGGUGCUGUUUACUGUUUAGUAUUUUCUUUUCACUACCUGCAUAUACAGGGACGUAUCCAGGAAUUAAUAGGGGGGGAUUCGCAUAAAUUGUAACAUGCUCAAUUAAAAGAUACCCUGACUGACAUAAAUAGUAACGAAAAUAAUAAGAAUACCUAACACGUAAGAUCGGUUUUAAACUACAAUAAUGACUUCUUUAUUUUUAAAAAAGAGGGGUUCUAUUUAAAAAACUAUUUUUAAAAUAAUAUUCAAUAAAGGGGGGGCAUUGGACCCCGUGACCCCCCUCCCCUCCCUUGUAUACGCCCCUGCAUAUACAAAUUUUUGUAAAAUUUCUCAUUUAUAUUAAAUGAAUUUUUUACUGCAACUUAUCUGGUGCUGUUUACUGUUUAUUAGUGUUUUCACUACCUUCAUAUAUACACACAAUUUUGUAAAAUUUCUCAUUUAUAUUAAAUGAAUUUUUUACUGCGACUUUAAGUUGCGCAACACUGUUUUGUACUCACACUAACAAAGCAACCGUAUAACUCAAGUAGAGCUUUCUACUUUCUAUUAUUCUUUGAAGCAGUUGAUCUUCUUCUUUAAUAUUGUUGAAUAAAUUACCACCAUCUUAUUUUUCAUACGGGUUAUGUUAAAAUAUUUCACCACUUUGUUUUUCACAAACUGUGCUGAAGCAGGCCAGUAUAAAUAACUAGCACAGCAAUGUCACGGUACUUUUAAUUUAAAACUUGCUUUUUACACUAUAAUACAUUCAUAUCUUGCACUAUUACAAAAAAAUGAUUUUUUCAUUUACCUUGUUAUAAAAUGUCUUUAUUUUAAAUGCUGACUUCAUAUCUGAAUUCUAUGUAACAUUAUAGCACAUGGCACAAUAAUUAUUUGAACUACAACUUAACAUUCCAAUGUUUAAAGUUUCUACUGUUUAACAAUGAUUGCAUUCUGCUGGGAUUUCUGUAAAUCAAUUUCAACUAAUAAUAAUAAUCUCGUUGGCUUACUUUUUCUGAUCAGUUUUAACUAUUUUUGGUUUGUUUGUAUGUUUAUCUGCCUUCUUUUGAACUGUUGCUGCUGUUUCUGCACACUAGUUUCACUCCCGUACCUCUGUAAUGUCAGUAUUCAAAAUUGCGCAUCUGGUUUUGUAAAUAAAUUCAAAUAACA